UGUGUGUGUGUGUGUGUGUGUGUGUGUACACGGCUGUGAGCUUGUGAGCUUCCUCUCCCGGCACUGUGCAGGCAGCGCCGGCGACGUUACUCUCCAAGCAGCCGACAGCAACGCGAGGCAACCGCAGCCUCCGCCCCCUCAGUCUGGUGAUUGGCUGGUUUUGCUCAUCAUUUCCCUGCUAGGGAAAGGGAAGGGCCAGUGACGCCCCCGAACCCAGCUGCAGAAGCGGCCGCCACCUCCGAUGCACAAGGUGUCUCAUCUGAGAAGAAACCUGAGCCCCAGGGAGGAGGCGCGGAGCGACCGGGGCAGGGCUGGCGCGAACCAGGAGGCAGAGCGCUGGGCAGCGCUCAAGGACCAGCGGAGCUCGGCCGCAGAGGACCCUUGCGACCCGCUCCUGAGAUCCCGGCUCCACACUCUCCUCGAAUUUUACAGAUUUCCCCCGGCGACUUAUCUCCCCAAAACGGAGCCUUUAUCCCAAGAGAAGGUGAGGGAGCUGGGGCAACCAGGACUUUCCCGGGCACCCAAGAUGCGCUCCAUUAGGAAGAGGUGGACGAUCUGCACGAUAAGUCUGCUCCUGAUCUUUUAUAAGACAAAAGAAAUAGCAAGAACUGAGGAGCACCAGGAGACGCAACUCAUCGGAGAUGGUGAACUGUGUUUGAGUCGAUCACUUGUCAAUAGUUCUGAUAAAAUCAUUCGAAAGGCUGGCUCUUCAAUCUUCCAGCACUCUGUAGAAGGUUGGAAAAUCAAUUCCUCUUUGGUGCUGGAAAUAAGGAAGAACAUUCUUCGUUUCCUAGAUGCAGAACGAGAUGUCUCAGUGGUCAAGAGCAGUUUUAAGCCUGGUGAUGUCAUACACUAUGUACUCGACAGGCGUCGGACACUAAAUAUUUCUCAGGAUCUUCACAGCCUCCUACCUGAAGUGUCACCAAUGAAAAAUCGCAGAUUUAAGACCUGUGCAGUUGUUGGAAAUUCUGGCAUUCUGCUCGAUAGUGAAUGUGGAAAGGAGAUUGAUAGUCACAACUUUGUAAUAAGGUGUAAUCUAGCCCCUGUGGUGGAGUUUGCUGCAGAUGUGGGAACUAAAUCAGAUUUUAUUACCAUGAAUCCAUCAGUUGUACAAAGAGCAUUUGGAGGCUUUCGGAAUGAGAGUGACAGAGAAAAAUUUGUGCAUAGACUUUCCAUGCUGAAUGACAGUGUCCUUUGGAUCCCUGCUUUCAUGGUCAAAGGAGGAGAGAAGCACGUGGAGUGGGUUAAUGCAUUAAUCCUUAAGAACAAACUGAAAGUGCGAACUGCCUAUCCAUCAUUGAGACUUAUUCAUGCUGUCAGAGGUUACUGGCUGACAAACAAAGUUCCCAUCAAAAGACCCAGCACAGGUCUCCUCAUGUAUACACUUGCCACAAGAUUCUGUGAUGAAAUUCACCUGUAUGGAUUCUGGCCAUUCCCUAAGGAUUUGAAUGGAAAAGCCGUCAAAUAUCAUUACUACGAUGACUUAAAAUAUAGGUACUUUUCCAAUGCAAGUCCUCACAGAAUGCCAUUAGAAUUCAAAACAUUGAAUGUGCUACAUAAUAGAGGAGCCCUGAAACUAACAACAGGAAAGUGUGUAAAGCAAUAAAGCACAUUUGAAAACAUACAAACAAACUGAAUAUGCACUUCUUUUCUGAAGAUGCUUCCUAAGAUUUGAAAAUAGGAUCCAGAACAAGACUGAGUUUCAGUAUCCACCAAUUAUCUGAAAGGUGAUAAAGGACAUUUAUGAGAAAUCCGCUACCAGCUGAUGAAAUACCUGCAAAGUGCUCUAAAAAACAUAUUUCGACUUCAAGGGUCCUAGUAAGUGCCACUUCCACUAAGAACACAGUUUGAAUGUAUAAUCAGUAGUGUUUACAAGAUCCAACAAUGCACUUGUCAUUAGUUAAUGAGGCAAAUAUGUUCAUCACUGUUGGGCUGCCACGGCAACGCCAAGCACAUUAGAAGAGUAACCCAGCCCUGGGGAUUAAAUCAUCCUUGUCAGAAGAAAUCAAGAUGGAAAUAGUUGGAGCAGUGAAAUCCAUAAGAUUAAACAACUCAAGUAAAUGCCUUCAGUCAGGACUCUGAGUCUGAUCAUGAAUUUUAUGUUUUUGUUUUUGUUUUUGUCUUCUGGAAUCUCUUUUGGUUUGGGUAUUGGGUGCUUAGAAAUCCUUUCUGAGAUAAAGAUGAAUGAGAUAAAUAACCUUCAAGAAAUCAUUUUUAAAGUUCUUAUAUUUUUAAAGAGCAAUCACACAAUGACUUUGUAAAAACGUUUUAUUUUGCACAACUCUAAACCUCCAGAGUUUUUCCCGUGGUGUAGAAGGUACCAGCUAAACUGUGCCACUCAGUAAUCUUGAGCCAUUCUAAAGGAAAGAUGUUCAAUGUCAUCUGAGAUGGUAAAAUUAGCAGGAAAAAAAAGUACUUUUGGUACCAAAGAUUAUACUGAUGUUUCUACACAACAAACCAUUCUCCUUUCAUGAAAAUAAUAUAUUAAUAUAUUAUGAUGCUACUAAUACAGAAGUUGUCUUUAAAUAUGUUGAAUUUUUCAAACUCAAACUUUAUUUUUAUUUGAAGAAGACUUCCAUAACUUUUACAUUUCAUAAUAAUUUUCUGGAAGCAUUUUGCCCUUUAGGAUAAAUGUCAGACUGAUAGGGCUGAAAUCUGACUUCCAGUUCUUUGAUAUUCCCCUUAUUACUCAAAUGGAAAGAUUGGCAUUCUCUUUACAUUACUGUUAAGUUUUCUUAGUGCAGAAAUAACGUGAUUAAUAGAAUGCUGUUUCCAAAACAGGGAUGAUUACUUUUAAGAGGUUUAAUAAUGAAACUGUGUCAGCAUUUUGCACUUCAAGUGAAUGAAAUUGACCAAUAUUUUCUCUGUGGUUAAAUUUAUUCACAGUACUACAUUAAUGUGUUUUCAAAGAAGCACAUGAAAUUGUUAAUAAAGUGAUUCAAAAAGUUUUAA